CGGAGAUUCAAAUGGGUGAAGGAGAGAGCUCGAGGUCCGGCGGCGACAAAUCGGAAUCGGAACCGGAGGAGGAGGAAAUGAGAAACAGUAACGAAGAAGAAGAAGGAAAGGGUGACAAUAAGAUGUCGGAGUACGAGAAGAAGAGGUUGACAAGGAUCGCCGAGAACAGAGCGAGAUUAGAAGCUCUCGGCAUCUCUAAAGCCGCCAAGGCCCUUUUUAUGCCUCCAUCUAUAAGAAAACCUAAUUCCCGUGAAGAAGACGAAGAUUACAGACCCGGAGAUGAAACAGACGAGGAGGAGGAGUUUCUAAGCUCUGUUUCCAAUAAAAGAAAGAGCAAGGCCACCUCCCCGCCAAAGAGAAAGAAGCAUUUGUGUAGAUCAGAUCCCCUUGGAGACGACGACGACUUAAACAAGGCAAUAGCGCUUUCUCUACAAGACUCUGUUGCAGUAGCAGUAGGCUCUCUUAGCAAGAAAAAGAUAAACGACCAUGACUCUGGAUCUUCCAAGAAGAAAAAUUCGGACUUGAUGAUGAGCAAGAUGCAGAUGACUGCGGAUGAAUUGGUCUUAUACUUCUUUCAGUUUGAUCAAGAGGGAAAAGGUUUCAUUACUCUGAGAGAUGUCGCAACUAUGGCCACUGUUCAUGAUUUCACUUGGUCACACGAGGAAAUACAAGACAUGAUUCGUUGCUUUGACUUGGAUAAAGAUGGAAAGCUAAGCUUGGAUGAGUUCAGGAAGGUUGCUACGCGAUGUCGCAUGUUGAAUGAAUCUUGAUGAUGGCUGAUAUGUUUUGUGUGAGUACACCUGUUGAGUGUUUUUGAUUCUCCACAUGCUUGAAAACAUCACUCUUUUUACUCUCUGUAAACAAAUGAUGUUUCUAAUUCUCUAUCUGUUCAAAUUGUGUAUUGCAGUUUUUAUACUAUAGUAUUAAGUAGUAUUUAACCAGCCA